AUGGCAUCUCCUACUGAUACCAACAUUGUCAACGGCAACAAUCUCGAUGCAAUGACUUCCCCUUCUACGGGGCUCUCUCCUAUUCCGACAAUUCCUACAACUCCUCUGCCAAACAUUACACCUAUCAUGUCUUACGAUAGCGUCGACACUGCAUACAACGCCGAUCCAUAUUCCCUCCUCAAUUCUAAGAAAGAAGACAUAAGCAUUGCUGCACUUCGCACACAACAUCCUGAUCAAAAACGAACACGGAAGGUUAGAAAGAUCAAGCAUUUCUACCAUAGGCAAAAUGCUUUGAUUGAUGCAUACCUAGCAAGCAAUGAUGAGGAAGCCGCGGAGGUUGAAGAUGGAAUUCAAAAUGGUGGAAAGAUUAAAUUCGCUAUCUAUGCUAGUUCUACGGUCAACUUUUGUCUGUUCAUCAUACAAGUCUUCGCCGCUGUCUCAACUGGAAGUCUGGCGCUUUUCGCCACCGCUGCAGAUGCUUUCAUGGACUUGGUUAGUUCUAUCGUGAUGUUGAUUACUUCACGAAUAGCCGCCAAACCUAACAUCACAAAAUUUCCAGUCGGUCGCAAACGAGUUGAAACUGUUGGGAUUAUUCUCUUUUGUGCACUUAUGACUACCGUUUCCGUGGAAUUGAUUAUCGAAUCAGCUCGAAGUUUGGCAGAUGGUCCAAGGGAAAAUGAAACGCUCAAAACGGUUCCUCUAGUGUGCGUCGGUGUCGCUAUCUUCUCCAAAGCCGUCCUAUUCGUGUACUGUUUUACCUUACGGCGAUAUCCAACUUGUGCAAUCUUCAUGUUAGAUCAUCGAAACGACAUUGUGGUUAACAGUUUUGGAUUGGUUAUGUCCAUCGUGGGUACUAAGUAUGCAAAAGUUUGGUUCUUGGAUCCCGCCGGUGCUAUUGCUAUUGCAUGCUUGAUCCUAUUUUCAUGGGCAUCAACUGCUUUCGAACAUAUGUGGCUUCUGGUUGGAAAGAGUGCUCCACAAGAGUUUUUGAACAAGCUCGUAUACGUUGCAGUCACUCAUGACCCCAGAAUUUUGAAGAUCGAUACUGCGAGAGCGUAUUCUGCCGGCGAAAAAUACUAUGUCGAAGUCGACAUUAUUAUGAGACAGGAAGAAACACUGAAAGUCACACAUGAUGUUUCCCAAACUUUGCAAAGGAAGCUUGAGGGUUUGGCGGAUGUCGAAAGAGCUUUCGUCCAUGUUGAUUACGAUGAUCUACAUGAUAUCUUCGAGGAACAUAAACCACUUUACGAGAUUCAAGAACCAAAAGUUCCCAUAUACGAGAGAGUUAGAGAAAGAUUCAAGAGACAGGCGCCUGGAAGAGAAACAGGUGAUGUAAUGGGCCCGACGUCUUGA